CCCCCCCCUUGCUCUUUCUUGCCCCUCGCCCGACCUCGCGCCGUGCCCGGGGACCCGAUUCACCGUGCCUCCUCCCUCCUGCGGGUGAGACCAUGAACAUUCUUGGGGACGCCGUUCGCGGCAUCCUCGGCUCUUCCAGCGCGUCGAGCGCGCAGGAAGCCACGUCCAAGCAGUGGCAAUCCGAUACCCCGGAUAGCCUACGCUUGACCCGGGAGAGCUUCAAGCCCACUCAGAGCGAAAUCGACGACGAGCAGCUUUUGGCCGAGCUGCCGCAGGACUUCUUCAAGACCGGCCUCGAUCCCACCCUCCUGGCCUUGGAGUCCCUGCCCACUCGCGCCGAUGAUGUGGCCAUCGAAAAGAUCGUCAACAAUUAUGAGCGUUCGUUGGACAUCAUGAAUUCCCGCUUGUCGGAUGUGAUUAUGAACAACUACGAGUCCUUUGUCGAGGGCAUGGACAAGGUGCACAAGUUCAGCACCGAGCUUCACGAGACGGAGUUGCUGCUGGAAUCGGCCCGGCGUCGACUCCGCACGGCCAAGAGCCACCUGACCACGGGCAGUUUCCAGAUCGUGUCCAAGGAUUUGCGCUGCACCAAUCUCAAGCGCCUGAUCGACGAGAUCACGGCCAUCAAGCGGCUCUUCAGCAAUGCCAAGCAGGUGGACAUCUACAUCGAGACAAAGAACUUCCCGGUGGCCAUUCGCAUGGUCCAUGCCAUCCAGGCGGACCUGGUGUCCCAGUACAACCUGAUGUCGCCUGGGCUGGAUGAAGGCCCGCCCACGGGCGGGGCCCUGUCUGCCAUGACCGGUAGCCAGCUCGGCACGCCGAGCUCUCAGCAUAGCCUGCCCGUUUCGACGGCAUCCAGCGAGGAGCAUUAUCCGCUCAACUGUGUGGAGCAUUUUGCCAUCCGCCUGAAUGACCAGCUGGACGUCAUCGAGGAGCGCCUACGUGCGGCCCUGGUCGAGGUGAUCCAGGACUUCUCGGAGGAGGUGUACCAGAGCGUGGUGGUGAGCUACCACUUGGUCGGCAAGUCGGACCAAAUCGCCAGCAACUUUGAGAGCCACCUUGCCUACCAAGUGGGGCACAUUUCGUCGGAGAUCGCUCGUGAGCAUGCCACUCGUGUGGCCAUCCAGAAGAACCCGGCUGCCAAUGUGGCCCGGCUCCAGUGCACCACCUUCACCGACCUGUGUGCCAUGCUGAAGGAUGACACGGACUUCCUCAAUUGCCUCACUGCUGUCAUGGAUGGCCUGUUCAACAUCAUGAUCCAGCUCCACUCGAUCAUCACUUGGCACUCGAACAACCGCCAGACUGAGCCGGACUUGGUGGAUCUCUUUGCGUCUGUGGAGUUCCAGCUGAGCCAGCUCCGUCGGGUCCUGUGGGACGAGAUGCAGCGCAAAAUUAUUCAGUGCUGCGAGUCGCGCAAAUUCACUCACUCCACGCGCUUGGAGAAUUUCCUGGAUAUUCUCAACGGCCUGAACAAGUUUGUCAACCUGGGCAACAGCUUUGCCGCCACUCAGUCGGAUCUGCUGCGGUCCUUCGUCUACCGGCUGAGUACAUCCUACUUCGCCAGCUCCCACCAGUCGCGCAUGGAGGAUCUCAAGGCUAUGCUCGAGAAUGAGGCAUGGUUCCCUUGCCCUGUGCGGGCCUCCUUCUCCAUCCGUGACAUGAAGGAGUUCGAUUUCUCAGCCAACGUGUCGAUGGCCACCUCCUCCAAGGGGAAUGCCUCCAAUGUUCUCGGCCGCGAGAGCAUUGGCCAUGGGCAACUCUUCCUGGAUGCCUUCUCGGCCUUCCGCGAGGGGUCCUUCUCGUUCUCCAAGUCCGUAGACCAUGUUCUCACCUCCAAGAAGACGGUGUCCAAGGAGGCCCCGCUUUCCAAGCAGCGGACAAUUUUCGCCGAUGGCGAUGAGUCUGAUCGCGCGGACUCUGACACGGAGGUCCUCUCUCCCAAGAGCGUCGAUGCCAGCGGCGUUUUCACCCUGUCCAGCUCCGAGAGCGAGGAUGAGGACGGCCCCCCGGAUAGCCCGCCGGUCACCCCAGCAAAGCGCGUGGCCCAACGCCAGGCGGAUGCCUCACCGGAGGGGCUCAUGCCGGAUGUCAGCCCAGCCGUCGGCCCGAUGCUGGCCACGACCACCAUCAACCUGGCUCGUCUGGUUGGUCGGUACAUCGCUCUGGCGGAGAUUCUGUCCCCCAUCUCGCAGCAUGUUUUCAUCGGCCUUGUUCAGCUGGUGGAGUAUUACAUCUACUCGGUCUUCCAGUUCUUUACCUCGGACUGCGGGCUAUCGCAGAGCGAGAUCUUGGCCGACCUCCCCUCCAAUUUGCGCACCAUCAUCUCGCAGCUGCAGCGGAAGUUCGACCAGGAUACCGCCAGUCACACCCCGGCCACGGUGUCGGUCUUGGGCAUGACUCUACCGGCCACCGCCACCUUCACCUUCUCCUUCUCCGACAAUAACCCCGGCACGCAGGCGUCGUCGGCCGCCGUGUCCUCCAGCUCCAGUUCCUCCUCGGUUCCCGGGUCGCCGGCUGGCAGUAUGACUCCCAAUCGGUCUGCCGGCAAUCUGGUGUCUCUGGCCCGGAGUACGGCAUCCCGGUUCUCGGUUGGCUCUGGCAGCCAAACCCCGGUCCCGGCCUCGGGCACCGGGAAUUCGCAAGCAGCCAUGGUCUCUUCGUCGGCUGGUGUGUCGUCGGCUUCCUCGUCGGCGACUUCGUCGGUGGCCGGGUCACCAACUCUGACGCCUGGCGGGGCCCCGGGGAAUUCCGGCUCCGCCGUGUCACGCACCCCCUCAGGCACCGACCUCCCGAUCACCGAGGCGGCCGGGUCGGUGGCUUCGCCCACCACGCCGGUCAAUGGCGAGGCGCCGGAGUCCGGGGCCCCUCCUGUCACCCCGGGCAUGGCCCCGCCAGCGCCGCCCCCCCUGCCCGCGGUGCCAGCCUCCGGGCAUGCGCGCAAGCCGCAGCACAACGACUCGGCACACGAGCUCGGCCUGAUCCUCGACCGGAAGUACCUGGUCCCGGCGGUCUCCAGCCUGGUUCCCAUGCGGACCAUGUCCAACCUCUAUGGCUUGCCUUUCCGGAUUGUCGGCUCGGAAUCCCUCAUGUUCCUGUACACCGUGCUCAUUGCCACUCGGUCGCACCUUGACAAACUUCUUUCCGAUGGGAGAGGCGCUCCCCUGGUGGAUGGGUUCUUCGACCGCGUGGUUGAGGCCCUGCCGGAGCUGCGUCUAUUUAUGUUCCGCUGUUUUGCCAUGCGCCUCCUGCCGGUCACCCCGAUCAUCAACCAAAUCGUGGCCACCCCCUGGGAGCUGCGCGAGGUUGGCUUCGACUCGAGUCCCUACGUGUCGGCGGUCGCCAACGACGUCAGCGCUCUAAUUGGCCGGCUCACAACCGACGCCUCUUCCCUCCGGUACCUGUUCGGUGUGAGCGGGGCACUGGCCGAGGCGGCAGUCGCCGGGGACAAGCGCUUCACGCUGGCGGCACUUCCCCGGUCACCGCUCGUGGAGCUGGUCCUCAGCCGUUUGCUGCAGGUCAUCGGCGAGGCCCUGGUUGAGGCAUAUUCACGUGUUAAGCGCUGCAACAACCAGGGCCGCGCGCUCAUGCAGCUGGAUGCCCGUACUUUGGCCACAUCGUUGGAGCAGAUCACCGGCCUACGAAUGACCAACAUUCGUUACGUCGAGGACUUCAUCAAGGCGUUCUAUCUCUCGGAUGACGAUGCCGAGAGAUGGUUCCGCGAGUGUCGUGUUUACACUCCGAAGCAGCUGGCCGGCCUGAUGGCCAGCGGCUUGGGCCGGCAACUAUCGCGCCAGGCCCGGCACCGCGUCAACCAGGUACUCGAGGAGGUUCACAAGAUCCAGGCCCCCUCGAGCACUUUCUCCGGAUUCUCCAGCUCCUCCUCCUCCAGCAUGUCCUCUUCGCUGCUGAACUGGAAGAAGGGCCCGUCCAACAGCGCGUCCGGGAGCAGCGCCCCCGGCGGGGGGCGGUAGGACAAACACGCAUACGCACGUGACCUCGACGACACACAUGACCCAAAUAGAACACGCCCAUUUGUUUC